UGUUACUUAUCAGGUGGGAAAAAACUUGCAUAAAUUAACUUUCACGUAGAAUAGAAGUUCAGUUUUCCUGUAGUUGCCAAGGUGCUGUGAAUCCAAUUGGACUGAACUGACAGGGCAAUGCUUGCGAGAGGGAACUGUAUCCGGGUCGGAAUGAUUCUCGGUAUCUUCUUCUUCUUAACGAUACUUGGCCUAGGUGAUAAUAAGUUGAAUCAGUAUCUGCAGCCUGACGACGUGGACGACCACGAUUUCCCUCCGCCUAAUGACGUUUCCUGCGUCAGGGAGUGUGUGGAAGACGAACCACCUCGCACAUGCUACUACCGGUUCCUGCUGGAACAAUACAACGUCCUGAACGCAGCUUGUGGAAACUGCCCAGACAACAUCACAGCGUGUUUCCAGCCACAGUGCGUGACUGCAAAUGGCUAUGAGCGUGGGAUUCUGACUGCGAACAGACGAUUGCCGGGACCAGGUAUACAGGUAUGUCUGGGAGACAGGGUCAUUGUAGACGUCACAAACACGAUGCCUGGAAGGGAAACGACUCUGCAUUGGCACGGGAUCUUCCUAAAGGGCCAGCCCUACAUGGACGGUGUUCCUAUGAUCACGCAGUGUCCCAUCCACGAGCAGGAAACUUUUCGCUACGACUUCUAUGUCAACAACGCAGGGACAUUCUUUUGGCAUUCACACGACGGAUUUCAGAAGAUGGGCGGAUUGGCAGGGACCCUCGUUGUUAGACAACCUAAGGUCCACGACCCCAACAGCCAAUUGUACGACUAUGAUCUACCGAGUCACGUGAUGCUGAUAUUAGACUGGUACUACCUAGAUGCCGAUCAACACUUCCCAGGACUCUUGACCCAUGACAAGUCGCAGGAUGCGAACUCGUAUCUUAUAGGUGGCCGAGGGCGUGACAAGAAGUCAGAGAAAGGGUUGAAAACCCCCCUCGCCGUAUACCGGGUGUCCCGAAGAAAGAGAUAUCGUUUUAGGAUAAUCGGAGCCCUCUGCUCUCAAUGCCCCGUCAGAGUGAAAUUUGAGGGUCACCAAAUGCUCGUCAUAGCAACAGAUGGAAACGCUGUGCAGCCCAUACUGGUCGAUUCUGUUGUGUUAGAAGCAGGAAUGAGGGUGGACGUGGUGAUGGAUGCUUCUCAGCCAGUCGGCUCCUACUGGAUCCGCGUGCAGGGCUUGGCACAGUGCUCUUGGGUGGGCGUGGAGCAAGUGGCAGUGCUGAUAUAUGAGGGCUCCAACACAACGGAACCAGACAGGCAGCCGGUGAAACUGCCUUAUCUUCCACAGAGCAAGGAGCUGAACGCUGAGAAUGGGACCUGCGGCCCUGGGCAACAAGGGAUCUGCAUUCACCAGCUAACAGGCGUCGUCUCUGUCCCUGAAGACAUCCUCAAGCCCCAGCCAGACCUGAAUUUGGUCUUGAAGUUCGACAUGCAUUACUACUCCUCUGACGAACUAUUUCGCUCAGGAACAUACAACAGAUAUCAGCAGCCAGCACGUGGAGAUCGACGUCUGACAGGUGAAAUCAACAACAUAUCAAGCGUUCUCCCUUCGUCGCCGGUGCUGAGCCAAUGGGAAGACAUUCCACCAGAAGAAUUCUGUCCCCUGACACCUGAUGGAGCUCCACACUGUAACAGGUCCAACUGCCACUGUCUGCACUUCAGACGCAUUCAAUCAGGGGCAAUAGUUCAAAUCGUACUGCUUGAUCAGUCGGUAUAUGGAGGCGUAAACCAUGCGUUCCAUUUGCAUGGCCAUAAGUUCGUCGUUCUUGCUAUGGGAGUUUUUAAGAAUGAGUCGAAUUUGGACACCGUGCUGAAGGAGUUCAUGGCGCGCAACCUGAGUGAGUCCACCGUCCCUCCAUUUGUUGACACCCUCGGUGUCCCCAGUAAGGGAUACGCCAUUGUUCGCUUCAAGGCGGACAAUCCAGGUUACUGGAUGUUUCACUGCCAUGUCUUGAUUCAUCAGGAGACAGGCAUGUUCAUUCUGUUUCAAGUUGGCAACAGAACAGAUCUUCCAACUGUACCUGAAGAAUUCCCCAAAUGUGGCAAUUACAUACCUUCUGUUAGUUAUUCAAAGUCGUCUGGGACUUGUAAUUCGAAAAUAUCUGUGACAUACAUAAGUGCACUUAUGACAUGCUUAUUUUUACUAUAUAAUAAACCACUUGUUAAUCUUUAUUCGCCCUUCUAAACACUGGUCUCCAUCAAUUCCUGUUAAUGUGUUUGCAUAAUAACGUAUAAUCUCUAUUCUUGAAUAAAAUCAAACAGUUUUUAAAUAAAAAUAAAUGUGGAGACGAUCUUUUUUUCAUAGGACGAAAAACGCAUUAAAUUCCUUAAAUUGAGAAUCACGAAAUGGAGAAAAAUAAUACAUUUGAUACGCAAUGCUUCGGCUGGGACUACAGAAAUGACACCCAAAUUUGACAAAAUCUUCGAUGUUUAACCUAAAAUCGGGGUUUCGUAACAAAUAAGUAGUACUAAUGUCUUUAACGGGUGCAUCUCGUUCGUAGGACGAAAAAUGUUAAUGUAGAAUAGAACAGAAGGAGGCAGAAACUGAACAGUUUUAACCGGACAUGUAACUGUUUCGUUCAGAUCUAUUAUUAAACACUAAAUUAUGAAGUGUAACGAUUUAUUUAUAUAUAAGCAAAUUUUACAUCGUCCUCAUAUUACAGAGGCGAUGUGAGAUUGCGUCAGUGUGACGUUCAUAAUGGCAUUUAUUUGUACAAAUUUUGUGUUAAUGAAAGCAAAUCGGAACAAUAAAAGAAAGAGACAAACUUUAA